CAAAUCAAAAUUUGACAAGUGUAUUAUCAUGAAAUGGGUUCACAAAUACAACGAUAAUAAAUCUAUUCUAUAUGUUAUAAGCUUUAAAUAUUAAUGUAAAUUAUUUUUGACUAAAAUGGAGGACAUGGCUAGACUUGCUGUGGUCGAACAGAGCCUUAGGGAUGUGGAUAAAUUUAAUAAAGUGUUAUACGAGCUUCUGCGGCUAAUCAAUCACAUUUUAGAAAAUCCUCACGAUAAAUCAUUAAGAACGAUUAAAAGUGAUAUUCUAAAAGAUGAAUUAAAGUGUGAUGCGUUCAAUGAAUACUUAAAAUAUGUCGGCUUUCGACCGGAAGGCACAGAACUAACAUAUCCCAAGGAGCAGACAUUGAGUAACUUAAGGAUGGCCCAAGCAGCAAUUGAAAGGAAGAUAAAUUUUUGUUACGGCCCGGUACACAUGCAGAAAAGCGUUAGAUUCAGAGUGGUUCCGAAGAAGAUGGAGCUAAGACCUUCACAUAUACUGACAACAAAAAAUCCAUUGCUAUUAAAAAUAGAGACGAUGUUCAACCACGUCCUGAUGUAUGAAGACGAGGAACUGCAAGAGCUGGCUCGGGAGAAGAUACCACUCGUCACGCUGCAGCUGAUGGCACUCGACAGAGUCAGGGAGCAACAGAAGCUGAUUAAAACUGGAGAGCUAAAAGGUCCUGACCUGCCGUUCGACAUAGCCCUGCUGAUGGAGCUGCUGGGCUGGUUCAAGUACAAGUUCUUCACGUGGGUGGACCAGCCCAACUGUGAGAACUGCGGCGGCGAGACUGUCUUCUCUCAGACCCUCACCGUGACCUUGGAGACCGAAACUUGUAGGAUGGAGGUGUACAAAUGCCCGUCUUGCGGCGGCGGCGCCCGCUUCGCGCGUCACAACGACGUCCGCACGUUGCUGCGCACGCGCCGCGGCCGCUGCGGCGAGUGGGCCAACUGCUUCGCGCUGCUCUGCCGGGCGCUGGGAUACGACACGCGAUACGUGUACGAUACCAGCGACCACGUCUGGUGCGAGGUUUUUGACUACGACUCAAACACGUGGCUCCACGCCGACCCUUGCGAGGCUAAGCUGAACGCGCCACUCAUGUAUGCCCACGGCUGGGGAAAAAAGCUGGCCUACGUCAUCGCCGUGUCCAGGGACGACUUGCAAGACGUCACGUGGCGGUACACCGUGAAUCAUAAAGAGGUGUUGUCCCGCCGCACGUUAUGCAGCGAGUCUGAGCUGGUGCAGUGCAUCCUGUCGCUGCGCGCGCACCGCCAGCGCCAGCUGUCGGACGCGCGCCGCACUCACCUCGCCAAGCGGACGCUGCAGGAACUAGCCACGCUCAUGGUCGAGAGGAAGCCAACAGACUAUGAGUCUCACGGCCGUAUCUCCGGCUCUCUCCAGUGGCGCAGCGGUCGCGGGGAGGUCGGCAGCCAGCCGCAGGGUCGCAGCUUCGAGUUCACCAAGCCCGGCGAGUGCUCCGUACGGUAUCACGCCAAUACCGACAAAUACAAGAUCAUUGAGGCCGGCGUUGAGUUGGAACCAGUCCUGACCUGGUCUGCGGGAGUGUACUCCUCUAAAAACGUCUUCCGGAAGGUGGAACAAGAUUGGCGGAUGGUCUACUUAGCGAGAGAUGAGGACGCUAGUUUGGGCAGCGUGUCGUGGCGGCUGGAGGCGGGCGCGGGGCUGCGGCUGAGCGGGCUGCGGCUGCGCGCCUCGCUGCUGCAGCGGGCGGGCGCGCGCGUGGCCUGGGCACUCGCCUACGACGCCGAGCCCGCUGAACCCGCGCCCUUCGAUAACGAACAGCUACAAAGUGGUGUGUGCCUGCCUCGCAGCUGCGUGUCUCUGGAGCUGCGCGCGCAGCUCUCUGGCGGCGAGGGCGAGACGGCCUGGCAACACGCGCAGCUGUGUCGCCAGCCGCUCGAUGCCAAGCCACCCGCUCUCGUCAUCACUGCUACAGUCGUGCCACACUCUUAGCCCACUCACACAGAUGGACAGCGGCGGGUUGGCAACACGCGCAUCUUUGCCAGUACCAAAUCGACGCGCUUCUCAUCACCGCGAUAUUCAUGCCUCACUCCUACCCCAGACCCAAACUUAGGUUGCGCGAACGCGGAAGAAUAGCAUCAUGCGCUGCUGUGUCUCCAGCCGCUCACUGUCAUCAUCUCUGGCAAGCUCCUAGCCCACACUCAGCUGGGCGCAGCAAAUUGGCAGCCUGCGCAGCAGUGCCUCCAUCGACUCAAUGCAAAGCUGUCCGUUCUCGUCAUCGCUGCCACAGUUAUAACCCACUCCAAUGUCAGUCUGGCAACACGAUCGAGCAUGCAGCUAGGUGCAAUAAAAUUAAUUAAUAAAAAUGAAGUAUAAAACUCAUUCGGCUACCUUACAAUUAAAACACCAAUCAAUGGCAAGUUUUUUAAAGAUCCGUCAGAUUAUUAUUUUUAAACCCGUAUUUUUGCUAAGAAAAUAAAAUCAUCAAGUUUGUGCUCAAGCGUUACGUCAUCAUUUUGUAAAUCUAAAUUAUGGCGGAUCGAAUCCUUUUUACUUAAUUAAAAAGAAAUUAGUCUAAUUAAUAUUUUGUCUAUCCGUUCGAAAUACCGGAUAUCUAAUAGUCGUUAAUUUCUACCUGCAAUAUUCAGAAGCAAUAAUAAUAUAGAUUAAGUCCUUACUUUUAUAUCGUAACCAUUCCAAUAUUUAUACACUAUUUACUAUAACUAGAUUUUGUAACACAUAUAUCUAUUUAGCUAUAUACGAUAAUAAAAUGACCACUGAAUAUGAUUCAUUAAACUUUGUCCGUUAUAGGAAAAACCAUUUGAUAGUUUCUUUCAAGUAUAAUACGAUUUAAAACUUGAAUUUAGCUACGGAUUUCACUUAAAAUCGAUUUAGCAACCUGUUUCACGUCACUUUUUGAUCAAUUUUAUGACCUGUCAAAAGGUUUUUCUUAAAACAGACAUCAUAUAUUUUUGUCCUUGUAGUAUUUACUGUAUGAUUGGCACUUGAUACAAGCACAACGUAGGAAAAUAGUACAUUAAAAAGACAGUAUGGGUUGUGCAAUAAAUUAUACUAAAAUGUAGAUCGCUAGUGUAGUCAAAAAAUAAACUAAAUUGAGUUUUACAUCAAAUGUGCCUAUUUAGACAUAAAAAAUUUCGUAUUUUUGUAGUUUUUGAACUCAAUAAAACCUCCUUUGCGAUUCACUGGGUUCCGUAUAUAUUAAAUAGACACCUUCCAUCUCGUAAUUCUGCAAAAAUAUUACAAUACUUAUGUAAAUCUUAUAUACAAUGUGCAGAUGAAAAUAUGAUUUAUUAACAUAUAUGGAACCCAUGUCUUUGUGGUGGAACACGCUUCUUAUUGUGAUGUUAAAAUAUAAACAUGAACUUA